GUUUUAGGAGUUACACGAUCAGUGUUAGGUUAUAGGGGUCACAAAACGCGCUGAUCAUCAGAUGUCAAUACUGAUACAAAAAAAACCGUGUUAACCUGAAUUGAGUCGUCAUAAAGUGGUAUCAUUUCUAUUAAUAUUUUCUAAUUCCUAAAUACAAAUCUCACUUACAUAUAUAAUAUUUUACUCCGCUUAAUUCAACUUUCACUUAAAAAAAAUAAAGGGGUAUAUGUAAUAGUGUAGAUUAUGUGAGGAGCUAGAUAUAUACAUAAAAUAUACUUCGUAUAUAAAAGAAGAUGUCUAAAAUAGAUAAUGCACUUUAAAAACGAUCGAUUUAAAAAAAGAUGCACCUUAAACAAAAAAUGGCUUAUAUCGAGUUCACAAACAAUUCCAACUGGCGAAAGAAUAAAAAAGAAUUGAUCUCAGGGUCUCUUAAAAUCGGGAGGGAAGUUCUAACCACUUGAAGUAUCUCUCACUCUCAUGUUAAAUAGAUUAUAAAUUCAAAAGAUUAAUGUUGUAAAUCACUUCAUUUAUCCAAAGCGCUCAACAUAAAGAUACUAUUGUUAUUUAAUAUUGAUAUUUUUUUAGUAAAAUCGUAGAAUGAUAAUAAUCGUACUAUUUAAAAAUAAAAAAAAAAUAAAAAAAAACAAAAUAAAAAAAAAAAAAACCGUGUAAUCAGUCUUAAAAUCAGGAAAAUCAAAAUUCUGUUACCAAUUACAUCCUUUUUUUUUUUUAAUAAGAUAGGAAAUUUUAGAAUUCGAAUAAGAGUAAAAGUAUAUCUUCGUGACUAAGAAUAAUGGUGUUAUAUGACUUAUAUCACUCAUAUAUAUAUAUAUGUGUCCUAAUAUUCACUGCGAUCUAAGUUAAAAGGGGUCGAAAAGGCUAAAAAUAAAUAAAAAAAUAAUGGAUGGCAUAUGUUAAGGUGGAACAAUUUGUGUUCGAGUUGGAGAGAUUGGGAUGUUUAGGGUUCGUAUUAUCUUUGUAUUCAUCAUAUUUUCCUUCCCUACACAUCUUUACGGCGAGCGUGCAGCUAACGGUUGGCGUAAUUUUCAUUAUAACCAAUGUUAACAUCCUCAUUAAUUUCAUUCUUCCGGAAAAAACUUCAGAAGCAUCAUCAAAGGAUGAGGAACUAAAGCAGAUGCAAAAAUCCGUUGACAAACUAACAAUGGAGAAGAAGAUGUGGGAGGUGGAGAAACAAAAGCUUAUGAAACAAGUAUCAGAGGAGAAACAGAAGCUUAAGGAACAAGUAACAAUGGAGAAGAAGAUGUGGGAGGAGGAGAAACAAAAACUUGAGGAACAAGUAACAACGGAGAAGAAGAUGUGGGAGGAGGAGAAACUGAGCCUUACGGAACAAGUGGAGGAAGCACGAGCACGAAUCGAGCUGUACUCAUACGAGAUGAUCUACCACAAGAAGUUGUCAAAACUCGAAGAGCAAGUCAAAAACAUGGAGGAGGAAAGACAAGAGUUGAUGAAGAAAAACUUGGUGAAUGGGGAAGAAAAAGAAAAAGAAAAAGAAAAACUCGAAGAGAAGUGUACGACAUUAACCAAGGAAAAGAACGAGCUUUUAAAGGUGGUUGAAGAGUAUAAGGUUUACGAACAAAAUGUGGGUGAAGAGUUUAAGGUUUACCAACAAAAUUGGGAGUGUGAAAGAUAUAGCCUAAAGUCACAGAUUGAUCACCUAUUUAAUGUUAUUGCAAAAUAUGAGGAACUUAAUAAUCGCCAACAAUAUAUGAUUUCACUCCUUUCAGCAGUUACCGACCAAUACCGUCACAAUGCGGCCAACCAGAGUACUGAGGAAACAAGCUAUAUGUCACCUGAUUACUAG